GUGCUGCUGUGGCGACGGCGGAGCGAGACUGAAGCUAACGCCACUAAACAAAGACAUUAAAACACAAUUAUUGUCGGAGGAGACGGCUCACUGACAAAGUCGCCAUGUCCUACACCUGCAUCAGCUGCCGAGUGGCGUUCGCAGACGGCGAGGUGCAGCGGGCGCACUACAAGUCCGACUGGCACCGCUACAAUCUGAAGCGCAAGGUGGCCGACAUGCCGGCGGUCACCGCCGAGAACUUCCAGGAGCGCGUGCUGGCGCAGCGGAAGUCCGACGAGCAGCAGCUGAACGACGCGGCGGCCACCGAGGGCUGCGCCGUCUGCAGCAAGAAGUUCUCCAGCGCCAACGCCCACCAGAACCACCUGCAGUCCCACAAGCACCAGCAGGCCGAGAAGCAGGCGCUGCUCGCCGCCCAGAGGAAGGUGGAGAGGAUGAACGAGAAGAACCUGGAGAAGGGACUCGGCGACGAGAAGGUGGACCGCGACGCCAGGAACGAGGCGCUGCGGCAGGAGGCGCUGCAGAGCGCGACGCCGCAAGGAGCCGCGAGGCAGAAGGCGGAGAAGGCGGAGAUCCCCCCGAGGCUGAUGUGGCUGGAGGAGCAGGCCAAGAGGCGAGAGACGGAGGACGGAGCCACGGCUGUGCAAGAAGAGUGGGAGGACGUCGACGACGAUGAGGAAGAUGAGGAGGAGGAAGAGGAGGAAGCAAUGGAUCAGGCGGAAGGGGACUCGGCGGCCGCGUCUGACCCCAAACCCGCGGUGGCUCUGCCGGGUUCGAUCCCCGCCACCGACUGCCUGUUCUGCGCCCACCACUCCAAGUCGCUCGUGAAGAACAUCGCCCACAUGACCAGAGUCCACAGCUUCUUCAUCCCCGACGCCGAGUUCCUCGUCGACGUCGCCGGCCUCGUCUGCUACCUCGGAGAGAAGAUCGGCGCCGGAAACGUGUGUUUGUGGUGCAACGAGAAGGGCCGCUCGUUCUACUCGGCGGAAGCGGUUCAGAGUCACAUGAUCGACAAGAGCCACUGCAAACUCUUCACGGACGGAGACUCCGCCCUGGAGUUUGCAGACUUCUACGACUUCAGGAGCAGCUACCCCGACAGGAAGGAGGGAGAGGACGCUGACAUGGACGACGAAGCCCUGACUCAUGAGGAGAACCUGGAAUACGGCGACGAGAUGCUGGAGCUGACGCUCCCUUCAGGCGCCACGAUCGGCCACCGCUCCCUCAUGAGGUACUACAAGCAGCGGUUUGGAUACCAGCGGGCGGUGGUUCUGACCCACAAUAAGAACGCAGUGGGCCGAGUCCUCCGGCAGUACAAGGCUCUGGGCUGGGGGGGAACCGAAGGCUGCUUCUAUCAGAGACCAAAAGACAUGCAGUACGUGCAGAGGAUGAAGUCCAAGUGGAUGAUGAAGAUGGGCAUGAACCACAACUCCACCUUGCAACACCACUUCAGAGCCCAGGUCAUGUUCUGAGCUGGGACCGGAGGAGGAGGAGGAGGGGCUGAAACCAGACUUUCAGCACCGCAUCGAGUGCAGCCGCUCCGUGCCGCGGCGGCAGUGAGAAUGAGUCGCUGUGUUUUGAAGGAGGGGCGGCCGUGUCGACACGAGCUCCGUUAACGGGACGGUCUUCCGGCUCCUCGGCACAGUUCCAUUUAUUCCUCGCAGGAAACCGAAAUGUCCGUCUCGUGAAUCUGAAACGAAAAGAACCAGCAUCGGAUCAGCAGACGGUGAUUUUUCCCGUUUCUUUUGGACUCGAUUCAGUGACACGCGUGUUUGUUUUAAGACCGAUGACGGGACGACGUCGUCGUGCUUCAAUGUAAUACAUCCAACUCAAUAAACGGUAUUGACAUAUUAA